AUGUGGGGUCUGAAGGGCUCCAGUAUCACACAUGCCGAUAUCCUCCAAUCGUUGAAUGUCUACAUUCAGCCGGUUCAUGAUCUUUCGGAGGUUGUCUUGGUCAAGAUUCCCCAGAUCACCAUCGACUAUAUUAUCACCAACCAUCCCAAAGACCCUGCCGUCAGUGAAUAUGUUUCUUUCUCUUCCAGAUCGGGAAAGACGGCCAAACCAACCUUUGAGACUGGCGAUACUCUAGAGAUAGCCUUUUCCAACAACACCCUAAUCAAGUUGAGGAAAUCCCAAGAGUUCCUCAUCGAUCCGCCACGGAUUACGUUUCCAAUCACCAUCCCAUUUCCAUUCCUCCAGCAUACCUUUGCUCACGACAUCCAAUUCACCAUCAUGGACUUUUCAUGCAAGUCAUUCCCCAUCUUUAACAGCCAAAUUCACGACUAUAACAAAGAAAAGAUUGCCACUCUCCUGGAACGUAGUGCUUAUGAACCUGCACCAUUCAGCUCUCCUGAUAUCCAAGUCAGCAACUCUCACUUUGCAAAUGUGAUCGAGACCAGUCGUCAAUUCGUCCUUUACAAGUGCGGCCCCAAAUCAUCCAGCUCUGACUUUUAUAUCAAGCUCAGCGAAUCACUCAUUUUGUCCUUCAUCAUCAAGAGUACCAUUAGCAUCACGCAGCUGGCCGAGGAAGUUAAUAAGGCAGUGCCAGAUGACAGCGAUGAGAUCAAUUGCAUAUGUGUUGUUGUGGCACUUAACCCCUCACUGUCUCUGGAGGCAAGAGCUGAUCUGUAUGAGGACACCAACAGUCACAUCCUGCUCCGCCCAGGUGUCCGCCUUUGCAAAGGCACCAAGAUCAAAGACUCAAUCCAGGUAGUAAUAUUGAAGCCGUCAGCACUCGAGGACCUCUUUUCCACUACGAUCUGGAGAUCACUGGUGACCUUCACUUUGGCUCAGAAAGGCUACCUUAAGAUUGGUGUACCUGCCCCUCAUUCUCCAGCCUAUUAA